AUGGAUUAUUUGAAGAAAAUACGGGCAACGGGUGUGUUCAAUGAAAUCAUUGAGGCUUGCCGUCACAUACCAGUAACAAGGUUACAGACUGUUGCAGAUGUUGAUAAAGCCAUGACCGACCCUGUGUUCAGUCUUGUUAGUGAGCAUCAGCUGUGGUCAUACUACUCGGGUGAGCAAUCUAGGUUCAUCAAGACCCUCUUGUUUAAAUCCCUUAAGGUUUGUAAUUCUAUAUCAAACAGUUGUAACGACCAAGUCAAAACAGACUUAGUGACACUUGCUGCAACAGUCAUUACAUUGGCGUACACCAAGGAAAUCUCCUUCAGUGAUGUUCUAGAGACACUAGUUCUGACUCCUUCAUUUCUGAAGACAGCCACAGCAGACAAUUUGAAUGACAAUGACAGAAUACUUGUUUGUGGGGAAUCUAUCACUCUUGAUGAUCUGAACACUCUUCAAGGAAAGGAGUGGCUUAAUGACAGGGUAGUAAAUGCCUAUUUGAAGCAGCUAGCCAGAGAAAAUAACAACGCUGACAAGCCACAGGUGUUCAUACUACCAUCUUACACUGGAACGCUGUGGGCAAACGAGGUCUAUGAGUCUCACAUGUUUAGAAAGGCUGUGUUAGGCAUGUACCAGCACAUCCUGAUGCCAUGGUGCGUAAAUAACCACUGGGUGUUGUUGGUUGCUGAAGUUCAGAAAAGAACAGUUGGAGUUUUGGAUUCCCUGAAUGGAGACAACACUGCAAUUAUCAACAAGUUCUGUGAGUUCAUGAUGCACAGAGGAGCAGUGACUGAGCCAGAUUUAGCAGACUGUUGGGUUAAGGUUAACUUGAAAUCCAGUGCACAGAAAGAUGGGUGCAGUUGUGGGGUUUUGUUCUCAUGGGAAUAUGUCAGGAACCGUCUGAUAGGAGAAGGUGUCCAUGUGGUACAACUGAAUGUGAUGGCCUGUUUUGCCGGAAACCGAGAGGGGGCCCUCAAACUGGAUACAAUGUGA